UGGAGGUGCUAAGCACACUCAUUCCCCCCCCCCCUAAAUUUUGCCUAUGCUAUUUAAUCUUAAUCGUUUCCUAUAAAAGGUUAAAUCAAUUAAAAUCUAUGUGGUGAUACUGACCUGAAGAAUUUAACCUAAUAUCUAUAAUGGGUAACAGAUUUUUAGGAAGAACUAAAUGGCGAAAUUUGAUAGUUACAGCCAAUCCGUAAGAAUAACAUUUUAUUUUUUAUUAUUUAACUAAUAAAUUUGAUUUCAAGUUGCGUAUUUUUUCUGCACUGGCCAUUUAUGUAACCUACUUUAAACGUUACUCGACAAAUAUAUUGCAACUUAAUUAUAACUUUUGAAUAAAUGAUUUCGAUAACAUUCGACAUUGCCUUGCGUAACAGCACAACGAUUUCUUGCUCUGAUUUUGCGUUAAGGUAUCUCAAGUGUGAAUUCAUCAAUAACAUCAACAUCAUCAAAUCAACUCAAUAAAAUGGGAUUGACUAUCAGGUAAACGGAUCUACACGACAGUAUCGUAACACGUCGUACGGCACGACAAUAACGCGCCGCGAACGGAUAACAACGACGUUUCUGCUCUGUCGAGAAAUGUUCGCAUCCGACGUUCAAUCGAUAGAGCCUCCGUGCUUGAGAUGCAUGAUAUUUAUAUUUUUCAGUUCCGACCGCCGUAGUGCUCCUGCUCAGGUGAUGGACAGGGACAACGACGAGCGAUUGCAAUUGAUUGCGCUCUGUAUCAUUUGCGGAUGGCCACGGUUCCUGGUCUGGUUGACAAAGGACCAAGCCGGUCGAGGUUUCGCACAUCAUGGUUGCUGCGCCGGAUCGGAAGAACCGCGAUACGACCCUCUGGUUCAUGAUGACGUCGGUGGUCGAUUGGCUCCCAGUCCCGCAGCCUUUACGGAUUGCGACUCGCAAACGGACUCCUUGUCCAUCACCACCGUCGGCGCACGAAUGGCCAAACGUGACUUCGCAUGCGGCGACUCCUGCGUAACGUUGAAUGAUGUGUGCAAGCAGAUUUACCCGUUCGCCAGUGAAGUCGUGUCCGACAUUAUCGAAGCUAACGAGGAAGCGCAUACCGCAUCGAUUUGCGACGCGGUCGACUCGGCGACUAGUGUCUGCGUGACGGUGGAACAAGGUAGCCCGUUCGGUGACGACGAAGACGAAAUCGUCCCCUAUGUUGUACCAAAAAUGGAAAAAAAUCGCGCCAAAAAAUUGAACGUCACCUAUAAAUUGUGGGAAAAUCGGUUUAAACAAUUUUCAAAAUUCAACGACGGCAUAAUGGCAGACCCAGGUACGUUAGACAGACGAACAUCUUUAGUAAUAGUAUUGACUACGUUUGUGGUUUCAUAAUUUUAUGAUUUUUAUAGCGACCCUUUACUCCGGGCCACCAGAAGUUUUGGCAAAACUUAUGGCUUCCUAGUGUAAGUCGCUAGAUACUGUGAUAGACCCGUUUUGAGGUUCCGGUGCGAUCGCGAUCCAACUGGCCAUGGUCUGCCACAAAGUUCGCGUUCUUUGUACAGUCAUUGCGAUGGCAAUUUAACAUCGCGUUCGCCCGGAACAACGCUCGUGUCUACGGUGUCAAAGACCGAAUCAUCUUCCUGGUGGGCGACUUAUAUGCCCAUAUCCACUCGCUGCAGAGGGUAGAUGGCAUCGUCACGUCACCACCAGUAACUAUAACUAGAGAAAAAAUG